UAGGUACGUCCGGAAAUCAUGAACAUUGCUUCAUACAUUUGAAUGUAAUCUGUACUGCUACACAGAUCUGGAAGUGAUGAUACCUGAAAACAUUCAUGAUAUGGCAUGCUUAAAUAUAUAAACCACUUUCUGUUUCCAUUUCAUAAACUUAGACCGUCAGAGGAAAGGCAAGCUAAUUUAAACUUAUAUUAUAAAUUUCUAGAGAAAUUAUAUACAACGCUUAUAUAUCUCAUAAACAAUCUGUUUGACAAUACUUUUAUUUUAGAGCACCUGUGAAAAAAUCCCGUGCUUUCAAAUUUAUUAAGGAAAUAUUCAGCAGGGCGCAAUAUACGUACUUUGAGACAUUCAGACGUUUAACAUCCAAGGGAGGAAUAGAGAGAAAUAUUCCCAUUCAAUUAUUCAUCAUGAAAUUGAUAGUUGCCUUAAUUGUUAUAUCAAUUGGAAGCGCUUCUACAGAAGAUUAUUAUUACUUGGGACGUGAAGUACUCAAAAACUAUGAUAAGAAAAUUACACCUGUUGCUGCGAAUGAGACCGAAUUAAGCCUAAAUGUGACACUUGUCAUAAAGAAUAUUAUGGGAUUAGACAUUAAGCAAGGUAUUCUCGUAAGUCAUCUGAAUCUCGGCAUAAAAUGGCAGGACAAGAAUCUGAAAUGGAGUGAUUCAAAUUAUACUCAAAGCCAUAUAGAUGCUUACUUAUCUGAUAUUUGGCAUCCCAAUAUUCAAAUAUGUAAUACCGUAUCAGGUGAUUUCAGUUUCGAUCCGUACAAGGAAGUCACUGUCAAACAAGAUGGGUUCGUUCACUUACAUAUAGACAAAAUAUUUAAAACAUACUGCAGGAUUAACGUUAAAAAUUAUCCUUUUGAUGUGCACGAAUGUGAUGUAUCUGUUUGCCUUGAUCAUCAGAUGUUUAUGGACGUAAUGAUAGAGGAAUUUGAUAUUGAUAUAAAAUUGAAAACUAAAUCAAAUCAAUGGGAUUUCACCUUUACUGAGACAGAGAAGGAAACUGAGGAUGUUAUGGCAGUUGGUCUUACAGUUCACGGCAAGAGAAAGGUUAGCAGUGCAACAAUAACAAAAAUUAUACCCCCAAUAAUGUUAAAAUUAUUGAUCCUUUCCGUUCAUUUAUUGCCAGCUGCAUCUGGAGAGAAAGUUUGUGCUGCAAUAACUAUUUUUCUUACAAACAUCGUUUUCCUUUCUGAAACUGAAAAAAUAUUGGGCAAUAAUUCACAGGAUCCCUCUUUAUAUCUAAUAUAUCUUUUGAUUCUGACAUUUGUCAGUGGAUGUUCCUCUAUCGAAUCGGUAUUUGUGUGUAAACUUUAUGCUCAACAGACUGGAGCAGACAUCAAUUUAACUCCAGAAAUUACACGAGAAUCCAAAGGAUCCAGAAAUAGAGUUGGUGUCAUAGAAACCUCAGAUGAACAUAAUACUGAAGUAAGAGAUGUAAAUAUUUCUAAAAGACAUUUUAUAAACUAUCAGAAGCUAGACAAAAUAUUUUUGUCAACAAUUGUUAUAUUCCUUUUCGUAUUUUAUAUAUAUUUUGCUGUGACGAGUUUUUAG